UCUGCAAACUUACUAACUAUACCUCUUAUGUUCACAUCCAAAUCAUUUAUAUAAAUGAUGAAAAGCAGUGGACCUGGCAUCUAUAGCUUUAAAAUAAUGGAAGGAAGUGGAAAUGAAGCGUUUUUCUUUUCACUAUUGUUACCAUGUGAAACUGGAAGUAGAGUCACAAAGAAUCUCAAAAAUCCCAACGUAUUUGAACAGUAUGGAGAUUCAUUUGGACUCGAAACGUUAAUUCGCUUUCUCUCUCUACGGUAACUGCCAAGCCCACUGAAUUUCUCUAGCAUUUUGACUGCAUUUGAAAAGUUCAGUGAUUUCUGGAGGAAAUGAUUAAACCUGUAAUCGUAGGUUGCAGGUUUAAACCUGAUCUGGCCGCUUCCGUUCUGCAAAGUUCUCAGAUUCCCUUUGUGAAGUUUAUCAGAAUGGGAAAGUGAAACAGAGCAAGAACAUGAAUGGAUAGAAAAGGAGGACUUAAAUGCCAAAAUGAAAAAUGAAUUUGGAUACUCUAACAGGUCUGCCAUCUGUUCACUCAUGACAUUAUUGUUGCUUCAGUUUGCAAUUCAGCCUGCUGUAGCAUUUGGACUAGAAGAGAAUGACCAAACCAAUACAGACGAUGUCCAAGUAGUGCCUUUAUACAAUAAUGUCACAUUGCCUGAUGAGCAUAUUCCUUAUUUUUUGCAUAAUAACAUGCACAUAGCUAAUCGUUGCAAAAAAGAUCCUCUCUGUCCAUUUAUGAAACACUUGAGAAAGCUGCAGUCCUGCUGGGGAUAUGAAGACAAUUGCAAACCAGAACACAGAUUCAGUUAUCCUGUGUGCAGUGAUGCUACUUCAGGCUGGGCCAACACAAUAGAAUCAGCGCAGGAUAUUUUCUGGAAGCAAGCUGAUUUUGGCUAUGUGAAAGAAAUGCUUCAUGAGAUGCAGACGCUCUGUGAACCAGCCAAACUAGGAGAUUCAUCCUUAAUGUGCUCAAAAUACACUCGCUAUUGCAGAGCUACAAAUCUUUACAUUGAUUUGAGAAACCCAAGAAGAAGCACAGAUAGGUAUAAGGAAGAUUUCCUUCAGGAAGGUGAAAUUGGAGGCCACUGUAAAUUGGACAGAAAGGUGCUAUUGGCUGAAGGAGAGCACAAGAGUCCCCUCCAAUCCUGGUUUGCAGAACUGCAGUCAUAUUCUCAGCUGAAUUUUGAACUGAAAGAUGAAAAUUGUGACCUCAUUAUUGAAAAGCCAAGCUACUUCAUGAAGCUCGAUGCAGGUGUCAAUAUGUACCAUCAUUUCUGUGACUUUGUUAAUCUAUAUAUUUCCCAACAUAUCAACAACUCUUUUGAUACUGAUGUGAACAUAAUAAUGUGGGAUACGAGUUCCUAUGGAUAUGGUGAUUUAUUUAGUGAUACCUGGAAAGUAUUUACUGAUCACAACAUUAUACAUUUAAAGACAUUUGAUUUUAAAAAGGUAUGCUUCAAGGAGGUAGUCUUUUCCCUACUCCCACGCAUGCGCUAUGGAUUAUUUUACAAUACCCCUUUGGUGCCUGACUGCUUUAGCACAGGAAUGUUCAGAGCAUUUUCACAACAUGUCCUGUUUAGACUAAAUAUUACUCAAGAAAGGCCACAGAUUGGCAAAAUUCGUGUUACACUUCUAGUUCGCAGUACUCAGUAUCGUAGAAUUUUAAAUCAGGAUGAGCUGGUGAAGGCACUGAAGACAGUUACUGUAUUUGAUGUCAGAGUGGUGGAUUACAAGGACAUCAGGUUUCUGGAGCAACUAAAAAUAACACACAAUUCAGACAUUUUUAUCUCCAUACAUGGAGCUGGACUGACUCAUCUGCUUUUUCUACCAGACUGGGCUGUCAUUUUUGAAUUAUAUAACUGCGAAGAUGAACGCUGCUAUUUUGAUUUGGCUCGACUCCGAGGAGUUAAUUAUAUGACUUGGGAAAAAAGUGACAAAGUAAUAUCUCAGGAUAAGGGUCAUCACCCAACCCUUGGAGAUCAUCCUAAGUUUACCAACUACUCCUUUGAUGUAACUGAAUUUAUGCAUCUUGUGAUGUCUGCUGCACAGAAAGUAAUACAGCAUCCAAAAUGGCCGUUUACACAAUAUCAUGAUGAGCUAUGACAAUAUGUACUUGUAUAAGUUGAAUUUCUAAAUGUGUCAAAAGAUUACUGUUGAAUCAAUCACUUUUUUUAAACACUUGUGCAAGUGCAAAUAAGAUUGCUUUUUUAACUAUCAGAUAUAGCAUAUUAAAUGAACCACUCUUG